AUGGGUGCAAGAACACUGCGAUUGCCAAUCAUUACUGACAUCAAACAUAAAGGAAUGCAUUUCAUCAUAAUGGACUCACCUUCUAAGAAUAAUGUGCCUUAUUUUGUGGAGGAAUGCUGUAAACUUCAUGUUUCGGAUGUCGUUCGAGUUUGCGAAAACCGUUAUCCCAUAGAACCUUUCGAAAAGGCGGGAAUCUCUGUCCAUCAUUGGGAAUUCAGUGAUGGUUCACCUCCACCAGAAAAUAUACUUACAGAAUGGUUCACACUUCUCAGAAAUCGAUUCUACGGUGAAAAUAAUGGUGCUCAGGAAAACUCCAAAAAUAUAGAACCUGGUCCUGUUGCUGUUCAUUGUAUAGCUGGUUAUGGAAGGGCUCCAGUCCUAGUUGCUGUUGCAUUGAUGGAACUUGGAAUGUCCAGUGAAGAUGCAAUAGAACUUAUUCGCAAACAUGUAUUUAGGCUUAUCAGGGAAACAGGUGGUAAAAGGCAAAUGAUAAGAGAAACAAUCUCUGAGAAAAAUGGCACCACAAUUAGCUCCCUGGAUAGGUGAGUGGAACGCCGGAAAGAACAAUUGGAGCCCACAGCCACACUCAACUUAUCGAACAUCCAACACCUCCCUGAAUGGGAUAUAGACACAG